UAGUCCCUAUUACCAUGAAAGAACACCAAACAACAUCCAAAAACAAGCACACUAUGAUUAUCAAUAAGCUCAUAUUAUCUUGUAUGUUCUUCAUAUUUCUCUUAUAUUUGAUACUAAGAACAAAUUCUCCAUCUUUCAACCUAAAAAACCUACCAAUACACUCAUCAACUUCCUCAACAUGCAACAAAAUUCCACCAUCUCUAGCUGAAGCACUUUUCCACUAUGCAGCUACCAAUAUUACACCCCAACAAAAGCACGACGAAAUUUCGAUGACCUUUAGGGUACUUGAGAAGAAAUCACCAUGCAAUUUCUUGAUCUUUGGACUUGGAUUUGAUAGCUUAAUGUGGAGUUCAUUCAAUCAUAAUGGACGAACUAUCUUUAUCGAAGAAGAUAAAGAUUGGAUCGAGAAAAUUACUAAAGAAGUACCUACAAAAAUAGAAGCAUAUCAUUACACAUAUGAAACUAAACUUGAUCAAGCCACUGAACUUCUAAAUAUUGGUAGAAGGGAAGAUUCUUGCAAAAUAGUGGGCGAUCCAAGAAAUUCUAAGUGUCCACUUGCCCUAAAAAAUUUGCCAAAACAAGUUUAUGAAAUUGAGUGGGAUGUUAUAAUGGUAGAUGCACCAACAGGUUCUUCAUUUGAUCAACCUGGUCGAAUGAAUGUGAUAUAUACUGCUGGAUUAUUGGCUAGAAAUAAAGAAAAUGGAGAAACUGAUGUAUUUGUGCAUGAUUGUAAAAGGUAUGCUGAAGAUAAAUUUUCAAGGAGUUUUCUUUGUGAGGAAUAUAUUAGAGAGGAAGUUCGUUAUCUUAGGCACUUUACUAUCCCAAGUUAUAGAAGUGGUUUAAUUAAAUCCUUCUGCCCUUGAGUCCUAGUCUUGUCGAGGGUGAAAUUUUAUCACGUUGAAUUUUUUGUUUUUUCCUAUAGUCUUUUAAUUAACAUAUAGUUUCAAGUGUGGGAUAAUAUAUAUUGAGUCAAAAAAUACACGAAUGAGGGAAUUCGUAUGUGGAAAGCCAAACUACUUGUAUUUGUUUUAAUUUUCUUGUUUUAUGUAUUUUUGAAAAGUAUUGGUG